GCGAACGUGUCACCUUACCUGCGGGUCCAGAGAAGCUGUCGCUCUUCGCUCAGCGGUGUUUACGAGCUCCAGGGUUGGAGCCUGCUCGGAAGACCUUGGUACAAGUGCGAGAACAUCAUCACAUUCUCUGCGGUGUACCUUUGGUACGAUGAGCAAUGCGGGGCAGCAUGGUAUUUCAAAAGUACUGCCCCCGACGACGGUGCCGCCUCAUGCACUUUCUACUCGAGGGCCGACAGCCAGGCGAUCUUGCCGCCAGCUUCUGGUUGGCAAACCAAUUGCACGGAGUCUCAGACCGGCCUCUCCCCUGACCAGGUAAGCAUUGUGACAGCGACGUGGUUUGUGUCAUCCGGGUCAUGUGAAAUUCUGCCCGAGAGCCAAUGCAUCACCACCAGCAGCUUUCCGCGGAGAUUCUAUGGAAGCUAUGAGCAUUGCACCAUCCAGGUUGCUGACAACAAUACGUCGCCCAUGCAAGUCCUCGCCUUCAAGACGGGCUCUGAAGACAGCUUCAUGGUCAACGGUCAAAGCUACUCUAGCACCACUGGCCCGGUUGACGUGGUGCCUCAGGGAAGUAUUGAGUGGAGGGCCGACUAUGUUGAUGCUGCCAGCGGCUAUGGCUGGGUGAUUUGCCUUGGU